UAUAAUUAAAUGUGUUCCGGACGCUCGUGUGCUCAACGGGUUGUAAUCAGCUAUAACGCGAUAAGUCGACUUAUCCUGUGAUCAAUGCUUCUUUGAAAACGUGCAACAGUUAUCAGUGAACUCAUGAAGUGUGACCUGAGUGCUUUACCUGACGUGCAUUAACUUAUACAUGAGACGUGCAGAGCCAUAGAAUAGAUAAAAACAUUGAACAGAACGGAGGAAAACCUAUCAUCAUUCAACCGGUUGACUGACUCAUUGUGUGCACAGAACGCACCAGUGGAAUCGGGGAACAUUGGUGAUGCCAUUAGAGUAGCAAAAUAGAUAACGACAACAAAUAAUAGGUUGCAAGUGUUAGAUUCUAACACUUGCAGUUAUCGAUCUCGUGGCAAUACGUUCAGCCGAUUAAUCUGUUUUUGCUUGUGUGCUGGAAUUCUAUUAUCAGAAGUCAAAAUGUCAAAUAGUAGUAUUGAAGAAGAUUCAAUUGCCUUGAAGGGUUACAUAAAAUCGUUUCCAGAUUUUCCUCUGCCUGGAAUAUUAUUCAGAGAUAUAUUUAGUGUUUUUCAAAACACUGAUGGAUUAAAGUUGUUAAAUAAUAUUUUAAAAAAAUAUUGUAAUGAGGUUGCUGGUAAGGUUGAUUGUGUUGCAAUGUUGGAAGCUCGAGGAUUUUUGUUGGGUACUUUAAUGGCAUUAUAUUUGAAUGUUCCUUGUGUUCCAGUAAGAAAAAAGGGAAAGUUACCUGGAAAAGUAGCUCAAUUGGAGUAUAGUUUGGAGUAUGCUAAAGAUGUAUUGGAAGUUCAAUUAGGUGUUUUAAAAGAAGGAACAAGAGUGCUAAUUAUUGAUGAUUUAUUAGCGACUGGUGGUACUCUUCAAGCUGCAGUACAACUAAUGAAGAAAACUGGAGCUGAAGUAGUUCAAGCGGUAGUUAUUAUGGAAUUAUGUGAUUUAGAAGGAAGAAAGAAACUUGACAUUCCUGUGAAAUCAUUCAUUCAAUAUUAAAUAUAAUAAUAUUAAUAUUAUUAAAUAAUAUAUUUUCUUUUGACGAAUAAA